CCACCCGCCGACAUCACAACGCAUCCGUCCGACAAGGCAGCUCUCAACAAGCCAAGUCAGAGAUAGGCUCUUCAAUUGCCCUGCCAUUUCUCCGUCGACCCAUCACUCCCUCCACUCCCUCACGGACCCCCCUCAUACCGACAACACGUCGCGCUCCACGAGCGCCCGCAUCCGCCCAUCAUGGCUCAGGCCUUCGACGAUGACGACCUCUCCCUCUCCAUGACCCGUCGGCCGACCAAUGCCUCCCAAAAUGACGAUUCGAACCCUCCAACCGCCAUGACUGCUACGUCAAAGUCGCAACCCGCCCCACCGGCAACAAAUAAGAGACGCCUAGGUCAAUACGACAUUGUUAGGACGUUAGGAGAAGGCUCCUUCGGCAAAGUGAAGUUGGCCGUACACAAAGUCAGCGGCCAAAAGGUCGCCCUCAAGAUCAUCUCUCGUCAAAAGCUUGUCACGCGCGACAUGGCCGGCCGUAUAGAACGCGAGAUUCAAUACCUGCAACUACUGCGCCAUCCCCACAUCAUCAAGCUCUACACGGUUAUAACGACCCCCAAGGAGAUCAUCAUGGUGCUGGAAUAUGCCGGUGGGGAAUUGUUCCAGUACAUUCUCGACCACGGACGCAUGGCCGAAGACAAAGCUCGCAAGUUCUUCCAGCAGAUAGUAUGCGCGGUUGAGUACUGCCAUCGUCACAAGAUUGUCCACCGUGACCUGAAGCCCGAGAACCUGCUCCUCGACGACGCCCUCAAUGUCAAGAUUGCCGAUUUUGGUCUGAGUAACAUCAUGACGGACGGCAACUUCCUCAAAACUAGUUGUGGCAGUCCAAACUAUGCAGCCCCUGAAGUGGUGGGAGGAAAGCUGUAUGCUGGGCCCGAGGUUGACGUUUGGAGUUGUGGUGUCAUUCUCUAUGUUUUGUUGUGCGCCCGCCUUCCCUUCGACGAUGAAUACAUCCCGACGCUUUUUAAGAAGAUCCAGUCCGGCACGUAUCAUACGCCAAGUUACAUUUCAUCGGGCGCUGCUCGCCUGAUCAAGCGGAUGCUGCAAGUCAGCCCCGUCAACCGCAUCACCAUCGAUGAGAUCAAACUCGAUCCUUGGUUCCUCAAGGAGCUGCCUGAUUACCUCACACCACCCGUCGAGGAGUUCAUGGACCAAGGCAUCGACCCCAACAGGUCAAUUGACCCCGCCAAGUUGGCUCCUACUAAGCCUGCAGUCGUGCAACAAAAGCUGCAUGAGAGUGUCGUGGGCAAGCUCGGCAAGACAAUGGGUUACGCAAAGGACGAUGUGACCGAGGCCCUCGCUAAGGAUGAACCCAGUGCCAUCAAAGAUGCCUAUCUCAUUGUACGCGAAAACACCAUCAUGAAAGCCAACCCUUCGCUGGCCCACAACCCAGACCUACAGCCGUGGCUUGCUCAAUCACCACCGACCUUCCAGACCACUGUCGCUUCUCCGCCCAAUCCUCGACAUCCUGCACCGGGUACUUCGAACCCUGCCUCAAAUGUCGAACACCCCCGCCAUGGCUCUACCAGCUCUGCCCACGAAGCCCGCACACCUGCUACCACCAUUGGUAUACUGCCUUCGUCGCUUCCUUCCUUCCACCAAGCAUACAUGCAGGGUACUACCCCCAGAGCUGCUAUCCCAGAAGGCGAACUCGACCCAUAUGCACCCAACAGUGUUCCUGGAGGCGAAGGCAAAGAGUUGACGACCGAACAACGCGCUGCUGUCUUGAGAAGGUUAAGGCCUCAUGUCAAGAACAAUGUCGUUGGCGGUCGCGACAAGCCCGAGAUGAUGACGCCUCUUCCAAACAAGGACUCGAAGAAGGCGAAGCCAACCAAGUGGCAGUUUGGUAUCCGCAGUCGCAACAGCCCUUCGGAAGCCAUGUUGGCCAUUUACAAGGCACUGAAGGCCAUGAACGCUGUUUGGGAAGCCCCUGUCAUGCGUCGUCCAGGUCACGGCGACGGAAGUCCCCCAAGAAAUCGCAGACGUCACGCAAGGGAUGGUAGUCAAAGUCCCGAGUAUUCCGACUCCGAUCCCGAGGCGGGCACCGAUCCUGAAUACUCGACUCACGAGGAGCGCGCCAGACGUCGUUCUCGUGGUGGUCACGCAUCAGACAUGUCCGACGACGACUUUGGUGAAGAACUGUCACGCAGCCAUCGCCGCAAGUCAAAUGUUCGCGAGCCCCUUGGCCCGGAGAACGACUGGGGCUACAAGAUCCCCGAAGACCCCUGGAUUAUUAACGCACGCUUCCGCAAGGAUGGCAUGUUCCCACCUGGUGUCGCUCACCCAUCAUCGACGCAUUCUAGCCGUGUGGAUUUGCAGGAAGGCAUCCGCCGUCGCAGCUCAACAAUGGGCAGCAGCACUAGUCUAGCCGCCUCACCUGCAGGUUACACACCACCCACUCAGCCAAGCAGUGCCCACGGCAGCGCCCACGCCUCCACCGAUAACAUCGCCGCGACGGGCCCCGGCAGCUUUGGCCAAGACAGCCUCCGUCGCCGCCACCCAGCACCCAACGAAAGCGCAUGGGUCUACGUGACCAUACAACUAUACUGCAUCGAGCAAGAUAGCUUCAUGGUCGAUUUCAAAUGCGCCGGCUACGAGCGUCUAGUCCGCAGACUCCGCCGCGAGAUCAAGACGCAAGCGGAUGGUGAGACAUCAGAUGUCUGGCGCGAAGAGGACCACGAUGACGAAGAUAUGGAUGAAGGAUACAUGGGCUGUGGACGCAUCCCCGAGGAAAAGGAUAUUUCGAGCCCCUUCCCCUUUAUGGAUGUCGCUAGCAGUCUCAUCGUUCAGCUGGCACAGGGGGCUUGAUUUAUCCAUCAUCGGACUUUUUUGUUGUAGUCUUCUUCUUCUUCUUCUAACAUCUUUUCGGUUGUUUUUGCACGCCCUUAUAGUUUCGGGCAUGGUUGGUCGCAGUUUGACUGACAUGGGGGUUCCUUUCUCAUGGCGUUUCCAUUGGCAAAGCAUAGGCAUUUGCAUCUCUGUUCCUCCUCAUUUCCUCUCGUCAUUCGCUCCAUAGCUUAGAAAGAAAUGGCUGGAAGGGGAGGCCAUCGUUUAUCUACACCAAACUCAGAUAUUCGUUCUUCAUAGCGAGAUUAGAAAAUUUCAAGACUUUUAGAAAAAUUCAAGCACAACGAUUC